AUGGGCGGGCGGGCGGGGGGCGGCGCGCCUACAUGUUGCGGGGCGGCCAACGUGGGGCCGCGGCGAGCGCAGGAGGGAGCGGCGGGGCCGGGAGGGCGCGGGUUCGAGUCCCGGCGGCGCCGCUUCGCAGUCCCGGCGGAAUCCGAGCCCCAACGGCAGUGGCGGGAGGAGGAGGAAAGCCGAGGAGAAGAAGAAGGGGCUGCGGAUGCCGGUGCCGUGAGGGUUUGGCGAUGCUGCAGGCGGCGAGGCGGCGCUGAGUGGCUCCUCCGCUCUGCUCCUGGGCUGCCCCCGCUGCUCCGCUGCGGCUCCGGACGCUCGGCGGGUGCCGGAUACAAAAUGGCGGGGCCGGUACCGGGCGGCGGAGGGGCGGCGGCGCUGCUGCUGCUGCCGGUGUCGGUGCUGCUGCUGCUGGGCUCGGUGCUGGGCUCGGCGGACCCCGCCGCCCCCUGCCCCGGGGGCUGCUCCUGCGACGCGGAGCUGCUGGGCUGCGGCGGGCUGGCGCUGCCCGAGGUGCCCCGGGACCUGCCCCGCUGGCCGCGACACGUAAACCUGAGCUACAACAAGUUGACGGAGAUUGAUCCUUCUGCCUUUGCAGAGCUCUUGAACCUGCAGGAAGUGAGACUGAACAACAACGAGCUGACCACCAUUCCCUCCCUGGGACCUGCAUCUUCCAGUGUCCGUGCCCUCCACCUGCAUCACAACAGGAUCCGUAGCAUUGAAGCAAGUCAACUGAAGCCCUACGUUACCCUGGAAACGUUGGACCUGAGUUUCAAUGACAUCACGGAAAUCCGAAACGGCUGCUUUCCACAGGGACUUCACAUAAAGGAGCUCUACCUGGGGAGCAACAGAAUCAGCACCCUGGAGCCUGGUGCUUUUGAUAGUCUGUCACGGUCCCUGCUAACACUUCGUCUGAGUAAAAACAGGAUCACUCAGCUUCCUGUCAAGGCGUUCAGGCUACCCAGGCUAAUACAACUGGAGCUGAACCGGAAUCGCAUCCGCCUGAUUGAAGGCCUGACGUUCCAGGGACUGGACAGCUUGGAAGUCCUGAAACUCCAGCGCAACAACAUAAGCAAAUUGACUGAUGGGGCUUUCUGGGGGCUAGCCAAGAUGCAAGUUCUCCACCUGGAGUAUAACAGCCUGACAGAAGUAAACAGUGGCUCUCUCUACGGCCUUUCAUCUCUCCACCAGCUUCACCUCAGCAACAACUCCAUAUCCCGCAUCAACCCCGAUGGCUGGAGCUUCUGCCAGAAGCUGCAUGAGCUAAUACUCUCUUACAACAACCUAACCAGGCUGGACGAGGGAAGCUUGGCAGACCUCGGGGGACUGCACGUACUGCGAUUGAGCCACAACUCCAUCAAUCAUAUUGCAGAAGGUGCCUUCAAGGGACUGAAAAACCUGCGCGUCCUGGAACUGGACCACAACGACAUCUCAGGCACGAUAGAAGAUACCAACGGAGCCUUCACAGGCCUAGAAAACCUGAGCAAGCUAACUCUGUUUGGAAACAAGAUCAAGUCGGUGGCCAAGAAAGCGUUCUCAGGGUUGGAGGCCCUGGAGCACCUGAACCUUGGAGAUAACGCCAUCCGCUCCAUUCAAGCAGACGCUUUUGCUAAGAUGAAGAGCCUGCGGCAGCUCCACAUAAACAGCGACAGCUUCCUCUGCGACUGCCAGCUGAAGUGGUUGCCCCCGUGGUUAGUGGAGAAGGAGCUGCAAUCCUUCGUGGUGGCCACCUGCGCCCAUCCUGAGUCACUGAAGAGCAAGAGCAUUUUUGCCGUCCUGCCAGAAAGUUUUGUGUGUGAUGAUGUCCCCAAGCCUCAGAUCAUCAUCCAGCCUGAGACAACGGUGGCAGUCCUCGGCAAGGACAUCCGCUUCACUUGCUCGGCUGCCAGCAGCAGCAGCUCCCCCAUGAUGUUUGCGUGGAAGAAGGACAACGAGAUGCUGCACAACGCCGAGAUUGAGAACUUUGCCCACGUGCGGGCGAAGGACGGGGAGGUGAUGGAGUACACCACCAUCCUGCACCUCCGCCACGUCACCUUCGCCCACGAAGGCCGCUACCAGUGCAUCAUCACCAACCACUUCGGCUCCACCUACUCCAGCAAGGCCCGGCUCACUGUUAAUGUGCUGCCCUCCUUUAUCAAAACUCCCCACGACAUCACCAGCCGGACAGGGACGACGGCGCGGCUGGAGUGUGCGGCUGAAGGAGACCCCACCCCACAGAUUGCCUGGCAGAAAGAUGGGGGCACCGACUUCCCCGCCGCCCGGGAGCGCCGCAUGCACGUCAUGCCCGACGAUGACGUCUUCUUCAUCACCGAUGUGAAGAUCGAAGACAUGGGCGUCUACAGCUGCACAGCUCAGAACCCCGCAGGGUCUGUGCUGGCCAACGCCACCCUGACUGUCCUGGAGACACCGUCUUUGAUCCACCCGCUGGAGGACCACGUGGUGUCUGUAGGUGAGACCGUGGCUCUCCAGUGCAAAGCCACGGGGAGCCCACCCCCGCGCAUCACCUGGCUGAAAGGCGACCAGCCCCUGGUGGUGACGGAAAGGCAUCACUUCACCUCCGGCAACCAGCUGCUCAUCGUCAGGAACGUUAUCCUGGAAGACGCUGGGAAAUACACCUGUGAAAUGUCCAACACCCUGGGGACGGAGCGCGCGCACAGCCACGUCAGCAUCUUGCAGUCCCUGGGCUGUCGGAAGGACCGUACCACGGUGGGCAUCAUCACCAUCGCUGUGGUGUGCAGCAUCGUGCUCACCUCCCUGGUCUGGGUCUGCAUCAUCUACCAAACCAGGAAGAAGAGCGAGGAGUACAGCGUCACCAACACAGAUGAGACUAUUGUGCCUCCAGACGUGCCGAGCUACUUGUCUUCACAAGGGACUCUUUCUGACAGGCAGGAAGCGGUCGUCAGAGUAGAUAACCAACAGCCUAACGGGCACGUAGACAGCAAUGAUGGUUCAUUUGUUGCAGGUAUGUGUCAGACUGAUGCUGGAAGGUGUCCAGAUGUUGAAGCUCCCACUGUAGGCUGCAGACAGCCAAAGCUAUGUAUCGGCUAUAAUAAAGACACUUGGAAAACUGAAGACAUGGCUGAUGGAAUGCUUGUUCCAGAUAAGACAGGCUACGGCCUGCCAGUCGUGUGCGCGGACUGCAGCGGCAGCACGGACAGCAUGAACGUCCACAUUUACCCCAGGGAGCCGGAGUACUACUCCGAAGGCCUUAAGACUCUGGAUAACACCUACCACAACGCACUGAGCAGCAAGGAGCGGAGCAGGAAGAGGGCUGCAGGCACCGGCCUUCUCCACCCGCAGCAGUGCAAUGGGAUCGCCAGCGGCAGGAGGACGGAAACGGACGGGACCCUGUACCCCAGCAACCACGACAGGAUAGGGCCCGGGAGCACAACCAGCCCGCUGCUAGCAGACAAACACGGCUCUUCACAAUCAGUAGCAAAGCCUUCAGAGCUUAACAACCUGAAUUUGGUGAGAGCUUCACCAUCAGGAGGGUCACUAAAGCAACUGAACGUGCUUCCUGAAGCUUCCCCAACACUACUGGACUUGCAGAGCGAAGCAGAAGUGAAACAGGCUCUCCUGUCCAACGGCUACGCACCCACGGCGUGCGACUCCAUUCCUGAGUUCAAGCCACCAAACAGAUCGAUAGACUGAGAGGACAGACUGCCAUGUGCAAAUUAACAAACACGCUAUUAUUAUUAUUAUUAUUUUUUGCACAGAGUAUAUAGGCUACUUACUUCUACCUCAAAUCCUGAACUGAUGACCUGUCAAAGGCAACACAGCUGAGGUAUGAGAAACAAGCUUGUAUGGGGAACAAACUCCUGUUCGAGCGUCAUCUGUCUGUACAUAGUUUAAAACUUCCCUGAGAAGUAUGAAGCGUUCAAAAGUUGACUUGCAUAUGAAGCACAUAAAUGCAAGGGAUUAUUGUGUAAAGAGAAAAGUAUUUGAUACAAUUGUACAUAAGAGUUUUCAUAUAUAAAUAUAUAUAUAUAUAUAAAUAUAUAUAUAUCUUUUACAGAGGCUAUUUUAAUCUUUAGUGCAUGGAAAACUGAGUGAAAUUUUACAAUUUUGGCAAUAUUGUUUUCAGUAUCAGGUUGCUGUUAAACUUCGUGAGAGAAAUAAUUCUGGUGCCUUAAAUGCAUAAGCAGAACUUUAAAAAGCCAGACUGUUCCAAAGGGAUUGUCCUCUUUUCAAUGGAAGUUCCUUUAAAUCAAGGAUCAAUUGGGUUACUUAGCACAAAUUUCCUUCCCCUUUGAAAUUUAUUGCACUUAACACGUUUAAACAGAGAUCUGCAACUGUUUCAAAUGAAGUUUAUACGAAAAAAAACAAACAAGCAGUGAGAAAUUACAUAGCAACCUGAUUUUCUCCUGUUUGUGGAAGAACUUAAAUUCCCUUAGUUUUCAAAAUUGCAGAAAAAUUAGUAUUUGAACUGUGACUGUGCUACAUUAGAGUGGACCACACAAGCAGCACUAAAUAAUUCAGCAACAGGGCAGAGCCCCAGAACUACCCUGCUAUCAUGGCUGGUGAACAGCCAUUACCAAAAUAAAUAAUUCAUGCAGUAAACUGUGGGGUGGUCCCAGACAUUGCACCCUGCAAAAGCCUCCUAGCAGAAGGCAUUAUCUGCCCACACGUGCUCUUACAGCCCUGCUCACCUACAGAGCCCAGUGCAGACAUUUCCCCCCGAACGGACACAGCUUCACCUGUACAAGGUGCGCCUGGUGAGCCAGCCUGGCCCUGUGAAGCAGAAGGAACAACCUUGGCCAGUACAAUGCAUUUGCUACCCAAGAAAAACACAUCUAUUCUGGAGGGAGUUUGAACCCGUGCAGCUGUUUUGACAACAAAACCUAGGCCAACAGCUGUGCCAUGAAUUCAUACAAUGCUUUUACCUUUUUUUCCUACAACCCAGCAUUAGGCUUUCUUGUUUGACACCACUACCCUGAGCUGCAGCCAGACUCUGUAUGUGAAUGUACCCGCCUCAAAUGAAUUACGGUGCUCCGUGCAGCAAUGCUAAGCAAUGCAGAAAUACCCUCACUUAGAAGGGAAACUGUGUAUUUAGGGUUGAAAGUUCUCUUUUAAAUGGAAAUGUCCCAAAUAUUUUAUGUGGUCUUUUAAGUUCAUCCAUGAACGGGGGAAAAAAAAUACCUACGUUGGUGAAACAGAUCUUUGUCACGUCUAACUUCACUACAAAGCUUUUUGUUCCUAGAAAGGCUGCUUUCUGUUGGUACCUGUGGAUGGAGGACUCCCUUCCAGCUAUUUGUAAUUUGAGUUCUGCUAAUACGCGGUUGCUAACCCUGGUGAUGACUACUUUGGGGAAAGGUUUUUUGGGGGAGUUGUUACUUUUUUCCUUAGGAGCAACACAAACGCCAGUCCCACUGAAGCAGAGUCUAGUGGAAAUCCACCUUUGUUAGGGCUGUGGCUCAAAACAAGCGCUAGAAAUAGGGGCAGAAAGGCUGCAUUUGGGGUUCAGAUUCAUUACUUCUGGAUCUGCCUGAGCCCUACCACGCAAAGAAGCUGCACGCUGCCCUGCACCAGCACAGCACCCAUUCAUUUUAAGCUGUUCAUGCCCAACCUUAGCUCAAGAAGCCACCACCUCCCCUCAGGGAAGGACCUCUGCCUUUUGCCUAGCAGCUGGGGGGAGUCUGGCCGCAAGCUAUCCCCCCGAGCCCCCCGUUAAUGAAGCAAGGCGUAAUUGAGCCACGUACCUGUCUGUACCAGUCCUGACCAUUGACGCAUUUGCACUUUGAGACAGGUGGCUAACGAUGUUGAGUGCCAAGCCUACUCCAAGAAAAGGAAGAGGACGUUAGACAAUUAUAAACCGAGCGCGUUUUUCCCUUUAGUCAAGGGCUAAAGGAACCAACUGACAAGGGGAAAACAGUGGGACCGGGAAGAGGGGGAAAGACCGACCCAACUGCCUCCUUGGGCUGGCGACGCGUCAUCACCACUGCAGACACAAAGCAUAUUUGCCACGUUAACAUUUGCAAAUGAUGUUUCUAAAUAAAGUUAACUGCCUAACGUUAUGACUUCCACUAAAUAUGUGAAUUUGCUGCUUCUAAGAGGCAAUGUGAAAGAGGAAGUAUUACUUUUGUGUACAAAGUUAUUUAUUUAUUAGAAAAUUUGGUACAAUGUUGUACAUUGACAAACAUGUAAGAUAUUGAAGUGUCUAACAAAUGGCAUUGAAGUGUCUUUAAUAAAGGUUCAUUUAUAAUAUUACA